GCCAAAUACCUCAAAUGCAGAGACAGUAGAAAGAAUUGCUGCUCGUGUACCGCAACAUCAACAGCCCAGAAAUGACCCCCACGGCGAAGUCAGGAAGCAGCAAAGAUGCACCCACAAACCCCCGCGGCAUCCCUGUCGCGCCUUUUGUGGACCGAGUCGAGGACUAUGUUACUGACCGCACUGAGGUUGAGAGCACAAUAAACAGCUUCAAGGAGAUGAUAUCAAAAUACCAGUUCAUGGAAGCAAACACGCAGCGGCGUGCUGUUGGGCUCAAAGACAAAAUCCCAGAUAUUCAAAAGACUCUAGAUACCGUGCGAUUUCUGAGAACAAGGAAGCCCGGAUCAGACCCAAUCGAGACCACCUUCGAGUUGAACGACACUCUCUACGCGAAGGCAGAGAUUCCUCCUACGGACGAGGUAUAUCUCUGGCUUGGGGCGAACGUCAUGUUGGCAUACCCAAUACCGGAGGCCGAAGAGCUGCUCCAGUCAAAGCUUGCUACAGCGAAACAGAGCUUUGCAAAUUGUGAGGAGGAUAUGGAGUUCCUGCGGGAGCAAAUAACGACCUUGGAAGUAGCGUUUGCGCGAGUAUACAACUGGGAUGUUGCGCAGAGGCGGAAAGAGAGGGCUGAGGUGGGAGAACCAAUAUCAAACAAGAACGCGACUUCGCCGAAUGGAUGAUAGCAGUUGGGGUCGGUCCGGGGAAAGCAUGCGGCAGGGUCAAGUUAGGGUUGGAGUUGAGAGGACACCUGCCCGGGCGUGAUGGAGCACGUCAUGAAGAUCGGUAAGAUCUCGAGCUGCUACAACCUUAAGAGAACAAAAAGGUCGCUUCUCAAUCCAAACACCUGCAAUGGUCUUAUCCCAUUCGUCGGAGACUCAUGUGUCUUAUUUCGGAGCGUGGCCCAUCAGAAACGGCCAGGGGAGCUCCGACACCCU